AUGGAUAAUGAUAAAAUAAGAAGAACUCCAUCUAGUUCUAUUUCUAGUGGUAUCAGCAAUAAUAGUAGUGGUAGUAGUUCAGCAUCAAGGAGACCAGUUAGUAGUAGUGGAGAUAAACCAGUUGCACCAGCAUCAAAUGUUAUUGGAGGUGUAAGCACUAGAAGAGGCACAAUGGGGGCACCAUUAUCAACAACAACAAAAACAACAACAAUAAUAACAAGAUCAAGAACUGCUGCAUCUAGUACUUCAACAACCAGUACAACUAUUAAUACAGAGGGUGUAGAAGUUAAAAAGACUACAUCUAGACCUGUAUCGUCAUCGGUACCAAGUAGUAGCAGCUCUAGCAGCUCUAGCAGAUUAAAAUCAACCAGUACAACAUCUUCAUUUUCAUCCUCCUCAACAUCAUCUUCAUUAAAAAGACCACCAAUGCUUGUUAGAAAAUCACAAAGUAGUGUUAUUAAUCCAAAAUCAACAAGUACCACAGCAAAUAGAACCCCUAGUAGUAGUGGUAAUCCUUUAGUUAAAAAAUCAACCCUAUCAACAAAAGAACCAAUAAUAGAUUUAUCAAAUUCAGAUGAUAUAGUCCCUGUAUUAACAAUGGAAGAUACAGAAGAGUUGAGCAGAAAUUUAGAGAGCAACGUUUCAUUUAAAGAAUUUGAUCCAACAAUUUCACCAGAGUUCGAAAAGGUUGUAUCUGAUUUUAUAAUUUUGGAUGAGGAUGAAAACCCAUCAUACCUGGAGCAACAAGAGCAAAGUUAUGAAGAGGGCCAAGAAACAUUCGAAGAGCAAAUAGAGGAAGAUCAAGAUCAACAAGUUGAGGAGCAAGAAGAAGAGCAGGAUCAAGAGGAUGAAAAUCAACUUAAAAAAGAGCAGACUAUAUAUAAUACUGGUGAUGUAAAUGAAGAUCCAACUUUAAGACAACCAGUUGUAGAAUUAAAAAAAACAUCAUCUUGGAUGUCAUCAUUUUUUAAUAAAGUUUUACCAACAUCAUUUACAUCUGCAUCAAUCGUUGAUAAUAAUACUACUAUCAAAACAACUACAUCAGCUAUGUCAAGUACAUCAAAUUCAUCAGAGUAUUUAUCGGAAGAAGUUACACAAAUUUCAGCAGUUUCCAGUAUCGCAACAAUAUCAACAUCUAAUUACGACAUAGAUAAUAACAAUGUUGGUAAUAAUUCAAAUAGCAUUAAUAAUAGCAAUGGUAUUAAUAAUAGUAAUGGUGUUAAUAGCAAUUUCAUUAAUAAUAGCAAUGGUAUUAAUAAUAAUGAAAUAUUUAAUAAUAGUAAUGGUAUUAAUAAUAGUAAUGUUGUUAAUAGCAAUGGUAUUAUUAAUAGUAAUAAUGAAAUAUUUAAUAAUAGUAAUAGUAUUAAUAAUAGUAGUAAUAAUGAAUUAUUUAAUAAUAAUAAUAAUAAUAUUAAAAAUAGUUUAGAUACUUAUAAAGUAAAUAAUAAAAAUAGUUUACUUAAAAAAUUACCACCACCAUCACAACUUGUACAUUCUCAAUCAUUUCAACAACCAUCAACAUCAAGGCCACAGUCUUUAUAUUUACCACAACAUUCGAGUUUUCAAAUUUCAAAUAGUAAUAAUAAUAUAAUACCAAAUACUAUUAAUAAUAGUCAAUUGAUUAAUAAUAUGUUUUUACCACAUAACCAACCAGGUGGUUUGGCUCUAUUACCUUUUACAAUAUCAACAUCAAAAGCUAUAAAUAUAUUCCAAGAUUGGUUUAAAUCUUUAUGGUUUGCACCAGCUGAUUUUAAAGAGAAAUUAGAACAUAGUUUAAAGAUGGAGCAAUAUUUUGUACCAUAUUAUGCUUUUAGUGUAGUUGUUCAUUCAGUUCAUAGUGGCAAGGUUGGAUAUUUAAAACAACAGACUCAAGAUAUGAUAGUGGUACAAAAAGAUAGUUCUACAGGCCAAUCAGUUCAAAAAACUGUUGAGGAGGAAGAGAUUGAAUGGAAUCUUGGUGAAACUAACCCAUACUCUCAAACACAUAGUGACGUUUUAAUUUACUCACCAGAAAGGCCAGUUGAAACCAAUUGCUACCAUCGUCAUGAACUACCACCAUACGAAUAUAUAAAGGAAAUUAAUGAGUGGCGUUUGGAUAUUAGCGAACCAUUUCAUUCAAAUCAUCCACAAUUAAAUAACGCAAUAACAGAUCAAUUUUUAAAUCAAUCUACAGUAAUACACUUCCAACAACAAAUUCAACUACAAUUACAACAAGCUCAACAACAGCAAAUGUUUAGAACACAAUUAGAACAACAACAAUUUAUUUACCAACAACAAAUGCAAUUACAACAAUUACAAUUACAACAAACUCAACAACAACAAUCGACCCAAUCACAACAACCAGUUAAACAAACAUUAUAUUUAUUAGAGAAUCAAAAUAUUCAAGCAAAUCUUAAUGGUGAUGAGAAACCAAAAGUUCUUAACAAGAUGGAUUGGGAAGCAGCAUGGCUUUUAGCAGAACAAAAAAUCAAAAAGAUUGAAAAUUAUGGCAAUGAUUCAAAACUUAAAAAAGAUUACCAAGCUCACACUGUUGCAAAUGUAGAAACAAGUUCAAAAUUCGAAAGUAUUAAGUAUAGAACUGUUUUUAUUCCAAUUUACAAGAUUAGUUACCAUUAUAAUAAUCGUGAUUACAUGUUUGUCAUUAAUGGUCAAAAUGGUAAAAGUCAUGGUAUUAGACCUUACGGUGCAGGUUCCAUUAAAAAUACUGCUAUCAAAUUCUUUACUGGUGGAUUCUCUUCAGAAAAACCAACAAACACUUUGAAAACAGAAAACAAAUUGACAACCAAUGGCUUGGUUAAAGGAGAGGAUUUAAAUAAACAAGAUACAUACUACAACGAGGAUGAAGAACAGGUUUAUCUCUAUAACAACGAUUUAUUUUAUUUAUUAUUCCCAUCAUCUGACCAAUUUUUAUUGUUCCAAAUGACUGGUUAUAUUGUAUUAAAAAAUAAUAGUAGUACAGAAACAAUUGUAUUAGAAUCACAUAAAAGAAUGAGUGAACAUAUUGGAGGUUUCGUAUUUUUACAACCUAAUGAAACAGCAACAUUCUCCUAUAAAGGUACCUGGUGUAUUGAAAUAAAACAAGGUAAUCCCGAAGCUCUUCAAGUUAUUAGAAUCGAAACUAAUGGUGGAGGUGAUAAAUCCCCUGGUGGUUUAUUAAUGUUAUAA